ACUAGACGGCUAAUGCAUCUCUCCUCUCCCAUUCUAUGCCUUAGCUUGUUUCUUUCUCGUUGGCAGUGAACCAUGUGGCCAUCAUCUGGUAGACACAACCAUAGCAGUAGUUCGCCUUCAAAAUCAAAAGCUUCCUCCUCUACUUCCUCAUCUCCAGCACCUUUCUCUCCAACAUCUUCAUCUCCAACCAAAACAACCAUGGAAGAAGUUUGGAGAGAUAUUAGCUUAUCUUCUCUAAAUGAUCACUCUAACUCAACCCUCACCAACACUUACAACAACCACAACCACAACCACAACAACCAGCACUCAGGCUAUCCCAGUUUAAUACUUCAAGACUUCUUGGCCAGACCCUUCAACAAUGAUCCACCAGCCAGAGGUCCCUCUACUGAACCAACUUUUCCUUCUUUGAAGCCACCUCUUGCCACCAUGUUGAGCUUGAAUUCUGGUUCUGGUUCUGGUUCAGAUGUUCAAUAUUCUGAACCCAGUGCUCCGGAUCCUGUAAGGCCAAACCAGCAGUUAAAUGGUCAUACAAAUUGUGGUACUUGCUCUUUUGGUUGUUCUCACAACACUGUUUUGGAUGCUAUGGGUUCUCCAACCGUGUUUCCUCCAUAUUGCAAGAAAAGGGUCUCAGAAAAUGACGAUUAUUCUGACGACCGGCGACACAAGCGCAUGAUCAAGAACAGAGAGUCAGCCGCUCGGUCUAGAGCUAGAAAGCAGGCUUACACAAAUGAGUUGGAAAAUGAAGUUGCCCAUUUGCUGGAAGAGAAUGCUAAGCUGAAAAGGCAGCAAGAGAAGUUAUUGGCGGCUUCUGCUCUGCUUCCAAAAAAGAACACACUCUGUAGAACCUCAACUGCUCCAUUUUGAGAAAUGCAUCUCUAUCAAGCGGUUGUAAAGGAAGGAGAAAAAAAAAAAAAGAAAAAAAAAAAAA